UUUACCUAAACUGUCCUUUUCCCCGUCGCCUUAACCAAGGGUAGGGGGUGUGCAUAGGCAGAAAUAAACCUAUGCUUAAAACUUCUUUAUGCCAAAGUUUUCUUAUUUUGUGUAAAACUCCGUGUUGGUUAUCCAGUGGAGGUUUUAUUUUAUUUUAUUUUUUCCCCAUAAGUAUUAAAGACUUUGAAGAUGAUUGAUAAAGUGACUGGAGCUGGAGUGCAGCCCUCUGCGGCUCAGCUGAAGACCCUGAUAGAUCUGGAGUCUCGAUUCCAACCAAAGCUGAGUGGCUUGAGGCUCAUUGAGUGCGCCCAGGACAAUGGCUUAAGGAUGACCGCCAAACUCAGAGAGCUGGAGGUGAAAGACCUGCUCUCUCUUUCCAGGUUCUUUGGUUUUAGCUCAGAGACCUUCUCCUUGGCUGUGAGCCUGCUGGAUCGAUUUCUCUCUGUUAUGAAGAUUCAGCCAAAGCACCUCUCCUGUGUUGGUCUUUGCUGCUUCUACAUCGCCGUGAAGUCCUCAGAGGAGGAGAAAAAUGUGCCUCUGGCAAAUGACCUCAUCCGCAUCAGUCAGAAUCGCUUCACUGUGUCUGAUAUGAUGAGGAUGGAGAAGAUCAUCAUGGAGAAGCUGUACUGGAAGGUGAAAGCCCCCACAGCCCUCCACUUUCUACGACUGAUUCACAGUCACAUUCAAGAGCAGCUUGACUCUGAGAGCAAAACGAUCUUGACCAUCGAGAGACUGGAGUCGCAGCUUAAAGCCUGUCACUGCUCAUUUACUUUCUCCAAAAUAAAGCCAUCUUUGCUUGCUAUGGCUCUAGUUUGCUACGAGGCCCAAGAUCAACACGACCCAGAACACAUCGACAAAAUAUCUGAGGCUGUGAAAAGUCUGCAGCAGCUGCUAAAUGUAAGAGAUGGAGACUUGGUUUGCGUCAGGGAGCUUGUUGGAAAGUGUCUGGCUGAAUAUGCCACCACCAAGUGCUUCAGGCCUCACUGUCUGAGACUCCGCUGGACCAUCUCGGGAAGAACCGCUCGUCAGCUGAAGCACAGCUAUUACAAGAUCGCUCAUCUUCCCACCAUACCAGAGUCUGCUUGUUAAUGAUGGGGUUCAUAGAUGGGUGACCACACACAGGAAGUUACAACUCUUCCUGCUAUUACACCUUUAUUUUCUGAUUAGAUCUCAUUUCAGUUUACGGUCACCCAUUUAUGACCCUCUCUUUAUUUUUCUUCCAGAUCUUCAUUAAUGAUGAUGAAUUUCUGGAAGAAAAAGUUAGAUGAUUUUUAUUUUUAUCCCAGAAACAAGGAGUAGUGCUUUAUGUGGAUGUUCCGUCAUCCUGCAAAGUUUUACUUUCCUUUAAAUUUGAUUGCACAAGGGUUUAGUCUGUUUAGGGAGAAUCCGUACCAGGGUGUUUGGUGUUUCCUGGUAUGGGUUGUUGGUUUUAAGCUACUAAGUAUAAGAACCGCCUAGGUCCUCAGUCCACUAUGUGGAAGAGGAGGGAGAAGGAUUUUGUGAACAGCAAAAAUGGAACCAAGAAAUCGGGCCCAAAGUCCUUAACUCCCACCCUAGGUUGUUAAACUGUCCUGAAUGCACACUCCUACCCAAGGUGACCUUUUUUUUUUUUUUUUUUCUUUUGAUUUGGUGAGGGAGCUCUGGUAAAUACCAGUGAAAUGGCAUCAUGUCCCUGCCAGAGCAGAACUGUGAGGAGCAGUUACAGAUGAGAUGUUUUCAUUGAUUCUGGAGUCUUGACAUUGAACUGAGUUCUGUGUUUCUACAGAGAACAUUUGAAAGUGGCUGCAGUGGAAAUGCGAGUUGGAAUUUGGAUUGCAUUUUCCUGUUCAGUUUCCUUUGUUUGGCUGAACUAGUGCUAUCAAAAACUGUUCAAGUUUAAAGAGGUCAAUAGAAUACUCCGUCUGAUACACUCAAGUACUCGGACCUUUCAAUAAAAAUUUAUUGAAAAGCUG